UUUCGGUCCUUGGAAUCCGGAUCCGCAUCAGCAGGCUUUCAAGGCUUGAGGGCAGCGGCGUGAACGACAGAGAGAUGCUUGCAGCAGUGACGGUGGUAGACGAGGUUGAGGAGUUACCAAAUGCAGAUGGUUGUUUCUUUCAAAACAAACAGCAAGGGUUCACCGGCAGGCUGCGAGGGACGAUCGGCAACCAGCAGGCUUCAAAAUGGGGGAGGAAGUCUUGUCCAAGGUUAGGGCUCUUGUGAAAGGCGAGGGUUUUGUGGGAAAGUAUCGGGAACAAUUUUAUUAAAAGCCACAUUGUUCAUUUUUUUAUUAUCUAGAACGAAACUGUAAAGUUAGAACGAGGUUUUGGUGUUCCGUCGAUCCUCGUUUCAAUUAGUUUUUUCCACUAUUUGUUCUAAAAAAACAUUUCUCCUUACAAACGCACCAAACACUAGAUUCCCUUUUUUCGUUCAAACUCUAGAAACAUUCCAAAAAAGAUACCAAACGCAACAUAGGAAUAAGAAGGUAAAAUCACUAACAAUUAUAACAAAAGAUCAUCAUUUCUCCAAGUGGGAAGUGAGAAGAGGAAAGGGGGAAGUGAGCGAUCGCUGGUCGCUGCUGAAGCGCACUACCAACUGGUAUGAUUGAUUCCUUGUCGAACUUUCCCAAUUUUGAUUCAUUUCUUUCUCAAAAGAAUCGUUUUGUUAGAAUCAUUAACGAUGUGAAGCCCUCUCUGCCUCACCGCAUGAGCAGGCUAGCCAUUUUAAGCUUCUAUAGGUUUGAUUUGCGACUGAGAAUCUUUUUCCCGUUCUCUUGUUUGAAGGUCAUCAAGGCUCGGUUGAUCUGACAAAUAAUAUAUAUAUAUUGGGGCGAACUAAGAGAGCAGACUUCCACUUUUGAAAUUUUUUGUAGGUUUGGAGUUUCAUAACUUUCAAUAAAACUAUGUGGUCUUUUUUAUUUAGUUUGAGCUAUUGGAAGUUUGUCUUACUAAAGAAAUUGGAAUCCGAUGGAAAAUUGGUUUGGAGAUGGAUUGAAGCUUAUUUGAUUCAGUAGAGAUUUCGUAUUGGUCUCUCCAUCAAGCUUAUUUUUAGGCCGUAUCUCAGGUGCUUCUAGUAAAAGAUCAAACGAUUGAAGUUUCUGCGCCUAUUGAUAAGAUUGAAUUAGUGGGCAUGCUAUUAUAAAUCAAUCAAAACAUCAAGCAAUUCACAACAAUCCGAUUGGAAAUGGACAUAGAGAACAAAAGAAAUUGAAUUGUAGCAGCGCAUGGUUAUCCAAAACUGAUUCAAUCUUUUUCUAAGAAAGAGCAUAAAUGCUUUUGGUGAACUCAUAGUGUAGAGAGCCAAAGUAUCUUAAUCCUAUUACGUUGUGCUUAACAAACUUAAAUGUUAUAUUUGAUAUUAGAUAUUUCAGAUACAUGGUUAUAUCAGUCUGUGCCUACUAACAUACUCUUCUGUAUUCUUCCUCCCACCCAAAAAAAAAAAAAAAUAAGAGGUGGCACAUGCGAUUUUUUCUGUUAGUGUAUAGAGGUGUUGUGUUAUAUAAUAAGUUUAUGGAUUAUAUGGUCCUCCAUUGACAUUCUAUGAUUGUGCAACCACUGAUUAUGAUGUUCUUUAGUUCAACGUUCACAGUUCUGAUUCUAGGUGCAGGAGUAUAAUUUAGAAAGAUUGUGGACUUCGAUAUUUGGACAUUUCAAAUCAUAUUGGUAGCCAUACCUUAUUUCAAUGAAAAACUACUUCUUGGAAAAUUGAUUUGUGGUUAUAAAAUGUUAUUUUGUAUUUUUCUUGUAAUUUAUCAUUUAUCAAUUUUUUUUUACAUGAUAAGGAAGCAUAAUCGGGCAUGGUAGAAUGAUGAAAGGAACCACGGAACAUAUGAUGGGUUUAGUGGCCUCAGUAGGUGGCAAUUAUGAUUAAGCAGGAUACGUCACUUUUUCUUUCACCCCAGAAAAACAACAUCCAGAAAGUGAAAUUGGAAAUCUUCUUUUGCUUUUAAAACAAUUUGGUUAAAGUAUUUUCAUUUGGGGCAAACUGAGCCUAAGUUUAAAAUGCCUUACCCAAAUUGUACUCUUGCCCCACCUCUGUAACAUGGAUUGCUCCUGGUGUUAUUGAACUAUCAAUCAUCAAAUUAGGAUCCACAGAUAAUUUCUAAGCCAGCCUCUCCGUGCUCCUUGGAUCCUUAUCUAACUAUUAACAGCUAAAUACCACAUACAUUUAGGUUUUCUAAAGCACUCUCUUUACCAUGGUGCACAUCACAUGUAUUAUAUAUGAUCGUUUAUUUUCUUCUGGUUUCUGGCAUUGAACCAUCGUAUAUAUAGCAUGUUGGGCUGAUCUUUACUGUGGGUAGGAAAUUUUCUCAAAUUUAUCCAUGUGCACAUGCACUCUCCUUACUUGGGCUUGCAUAUUUGAAUUACUACUAGAGUUAACAUAGCACUUAUUCUAUAUCUCCCUUCCCUUUUUUAUUCCUUUUAACUGCAGUCAAAAUCUCCCCAUUCUUCUGGUUUGUAUCCUGCUUUUAACAGAAAAAAUGGCUGACAAACCAAGCCGAGGUUUGGUGUUGUAUGGUGAUGGGUUGGUGCGUCUAAUUUCUCCUUCACAUACCAACCUCCAUUCUCUAGCGGCUCGGGGAAUUUGCGGCUUCUUGUCCCUUCCACAUCCCCUUCAUGCAGAAACCGAGGAUGAGAGAGUGGUUAGAGAGUUGGCUCAACUAUUGGAUUCCGAUUAUUCUUACAUCAACAAUGAUGGAGAGUGUGCUCCCACAAUUGAAUAUCAGAAAACAUCCUUUUCACCAACUAUUUCAGAGAAGUUCAUGGGACUGAGAGCUGCUAUUUUGACUACCAAUUCAAACGUGAAAUCUUUUGGAAGAAACCUUGGCUUCACAGUGUUUGAAUUUAAUGAGUUGACCAGUGAAUCUCCCCAUGAUGUUUUAGUCUCUGAAAUAUUGAAGUUACUGGGUUUUCAUGAGGGAAGGAUGUUAGAAACAAGCCAAUUUGAUUUAGUGUUUGUGCAUGUUGGGCAUGUUGGGAAGGAAAAUGAACUAGAUUGGCUCAAUGCUUUGGUUGGAGGAAUUAUGGAAACAGCACAACCUGGAUCAGAAGUUGGUUCCUGUCUUUACUUCUCUGUUGUCAUGAGCUAUGGGACUCUGUCUAAUGAUGAGGAUCCAAAUUUAACAAUUUUGGUCUCACACAAGGAUACAAACUCCAGUCUUUCAUUCCUUGUCCCUAAUCAAAGUUACACUAUGAAAGGAGGGAAUUUACUGAAUAACAUUAGGCACCAUUGUCCAAUGUUAAUUGCACAGUGGCAGGAGGCUGUAACUAGGAAGGAUAUGGUGGAAACAUUUUCGUUUGAGGAAUUUAAGGAGGUAAACAUUAAAUGAUCUUAAUUUUCCAACUCAUAUGGCUAUAUUGUUCGAGUCAUG